AACAAGGCGGCGGCCGACUUGUCUGGCCUCCUCCCCCUUCCCUCCCUGGUCCGUCAUACUUUGUUGCUCUCGUGCCCCGCUAGUCUGUCCGGGGGAGCCGAAGAACCACUCGACAAAGUCCCAACUAUGGAAGGCGACAACAUAAUAAUGGCAGUUUGACUCGGGAACAUUUACCAAGAUGCCAGGCCUUUUGUCCAGUCCUGUGUGUCUGACUGUCAUCUGUUUUUUGUCUUGGUCGCUGCGUCCCAGUCGUGCUCAGAUUCAGACUGAUGAAGAUUCAGGCGUGCAGUAUGGACGCUUGGAGUCAAAUGUGACACUGGCAUGCGGGAAGUCACAAAUCAUGAUACCUGUGGUGUGGUAUCUCAACCACAGCUCAGUGUUGCCAUGGCACAAAGUGACAUCAGAUGGAACCUUGGUGCUGCUGCACGUCGACCACUCAGCGCAGGGCAACUACAGCUGCUAUGACGACCGGGGGCUCCUCCUCCACUCUGUCAAACUCAGACUGGGCCACCCCCCUGGGCUGCUGAGCAUUUCCUGUCAAGUGCCCAAUCACACGCAUGUUCGCUGCUCCUGGGUGGAUUCAGUAAAGACCUUCCUGCCAGCCAAGUACAAUGCCUCCUUCAGGGGAAAUGGUCAGGAGUGGAGGCCAUGCGUUGUGGAUGUCGCCCGCAAGCACUGUGACGUAGAUCAUCCUGCCUUCUGGCAGACCAUCCAUACCCUGAGAAUCUCAGAGACCAACGCCCUCGGCUCUGAGACAACAUAUGUCCGGUUUAAGUUACAUGAACUUUUGAAACCAGACCCUCCAGAGUCAGUGUUGGUGAAUGAGCUAGAAGGGUAUCCACAGAGGCUGAUCGUCUCAUGGAACUUUCCCUCUUCCUGGCCGCUGCAUGCCGCUUUCCCCCUUAUGUUUCAGAUCAGAUACAGGCCACUGGGCUCCAUAUACUGGUCAGAGGUUUACUCGGAGGAGAGUCCAGUCGUGAUAUUCGACGCCCUGGCUGGUUACCUCCACCAGGUUCAGCUUCGAGCCCGCGACGAGGUGAACUCUGAGAGCCAGUGGAGUGAAUGGAGUCCCCUGCUUCUCGUCAGGCCAUGGGAAGUCUCCCCCACGUCUGAAUCUACAGAGCUGCCAGACAAUUUCAACUUCCCCUUCAACACAAAACCCGAAACCUCCACUGCAAAGUCACACAAUCCUGAUCAUCCUGAGGAUGAAGGUAAUUUGGGUUUGGUGAUUCUGCUGGUUUUGUUCUCCGUGGUCAUCCUCACCACCGUCCUUUCCCUCAUCUUUGUCGUGUGGGUGAGGCAGAGGCGGCAUGAUCAUGUGACUAAACAGGAACUCACCUCCAUGGUCAAGAUGAAGUCCAUGCCGAUCUAAUGUUGAUUUCAAGCAUCUUCUCCUCGUCAGCCCGUUCUAGGGCUCCUCCGAAGAGUCAGCAUCUGCCUUUACCACUGUAUCAAGCUGACCCUUCAUAUUUAACUACGUUAACUAGUAUGCAUCAGCGAAGGUCCAACCAGGAUCCAGGACAGGGAUGAACCCAUACAAGGAACUUUGCGGAUUAGGGUGAAGUUACCCACUACAUAAAAGCUGACUGAAGGGUAUGUUUUGCGAGAUUUUCCUGGACGGAUUACGUGGUCACAUCUAUGUGCACUACCCAUAAUCCAUCAGCAGACUCCAGCUACUGUCCAUGGGGACAGGGAAAACAGACCCUAGUCUGUUUCUUUAUUUUCACCUCAGCAACUUCACUGCAGCUCAGCAGACUGUAGGAGCAACACAGCAUCAGGACAUUUGAGUUCACUCACAACCAAUGCUGCCCCCCC